AUGAAUGUUGUGAGUAGACUUGUGCAGAUUCGUGACUAUAUCACUAAGGCCAAAUCACUGAGAGAUGACCUUGUUGAGAAAAAUGAAAGGUCUGCAAAUGUUGAGCGUUUGUCAAAUUUAAUUGAUCACCUGAAAGCCCAGGAAAAGUCUUACCUUAAAUUUCUUCAAAAGAUGCUUGCAGCAGAUCCUCAGCAAAAGGCAAAGGAGGAACUAAAGAAUAUGAAGAAGCAGCAUGCGUUGCUGACCAGGAUGCUACAACAGCAGGAGCAGCUUAGGGCUCUGAAAGGAAGACAGGCAGCUCUUCUUGCUUUACAACAGAAAGCAGAACAAGCUAUUGCCAGGAUGGAUGAAUCUGUUGUUACAGAGACUACUGGCAGUGUGUCUGGUCUGAGCUUCACAUCUGAAUUAAAUGAAGAAUUGAAUGAUCUAAUACAGCGCUUUCACAACCAGUUGCAUGAUUCUCAGACUCAAACUGUUCCAAAUAAUAGAAGACAAGCCGAAAGCCUCUCCCUUGCCAGAGAAGUUUCUCAGAGCAGAAACUCUUCAUUAUCAGAAGCUGUUUCUGAGGAGAAAGAUACGCUGCUAAGUAAAGUGGGAGUGUUAUUGGAGAAAAAACAGAAAAUGGAUUCCUUCUUAGAACUUCAUACACUCCAUGACCAUACUCUGAAUAAUACUGCAAAUUCCCCACAAAGAAGCAUAAGUUCUGCAGCCUCUGUUCCUCUUUCUUUAGAAAAUAGGGCAGCCGGCAGUUCUGUUGCAGCAGUGGCUUAUCCAUCUAAUUCUGUUACUCCUCUUAAUGAAACUGACGAUGAAGAUAAUCAAAAUCCAGUUGAAAAAGUCAAGAAAUUGAAAGAAGUUAGAAAAAGACUAAAUGAAUUACGUGACCUAGUUCAUUAUUACGAGCAAACCUCUGAUAUGAUGACGGAUGCUGUUAAUGAGAACACUAAAGAUGAAGAGGAAACCGAAGACUCGGAGUAUGAGUCUGAGCAGGAGGCUACACAACCAGCCACAAAUAUAAGAAAUCCACAGCAUAUUAGUAGCUGGGCACAGAUGAAUAGCAUUACUAAUGCACAUUGUGGGACAAAUAACCGUGAUGAAAGACCCCUUAAUACCGAGUGUGAAGUCAACAACAGAUCUUCAGUUAAUCUGAGAAGCUUCAAUGUAUCCUCUGCUUUAGAUUGCUUAUACAACAGAGAAGAUAAAGAGGAGGACUGUGAUUUAGCACAAGACGAGGAUAAUGCGGAUGAAGACCAUACCAGCAGAGGAUCCCUGUCCAGCAGGAGUAGCGUUGCUGAUGAUGUCCAAAAUGCUGAUUUUGAACAAAAGUAUAACAGACUUAUAGCUGCAAAGGAGAAACUAAGACAAUUGCAGGAGCUUGUUGCAAUGUAUGGUGAUGAUACAGAGUCUGAAACUGUUGCAGCAGAUAGAUCUGGCUUGGGAGAUCAUCUUUUAGCUGAGGUAGCAAAUCAUCAGCCCAAUAACACCAGAUUAAAUGCACCUAAAUCACAGAAGGAUAUUGUGUUAAAGGAGCAAGCAAGGGAGAGAUUCUAUGAAUCUAAACUUCAGCAGCAGCAAAAAGAACUUAAGCACUUACAGGAAGAAAGGAAAAAGCUUAUCGAAAUUCAAGAGGAAAUUAAAACUUUACAGAAGGCUUGCCCUGACUUGCAGCUUUCAACUUCUAGUGUUGGAGGCUUAGUCAUAAAUGGACAGAUGACGGCUACUACCUCAACACCUGGCAUGAGUCUAACCAAUAAAGCAGAGGCUCCAGCCUUGCCAGAUCCUGAAGAUUCUUCAUCAAUUGAUAAUGAGGUUUGGUCUGAGAUUCGAAGACACAAAAUUUUACGGGAAGAUUUAAGGCAAAGAAGAAAGCAAUUAGAAAACUUGAUGGCUGAGCAUCAGAGGAGACAAGGGUUGGCUGAAACAGUUUCUGGGGCCUCUUUGAGAAGUGAUGACUCGGUUACUCAUGGACUUAACCAGCAUAGUCGUACUGAAAACUAUCUCUUUCUUCAGCUCACCAAACAUGGACUUGAAGUCCUUCAUAGCCUCCUUUAUGUCAUCUUUAGAGGAGAGAUGACUGAUAUCUUCCUUUGUAACGAAGCCUUGAUGCCUUCCCACAGGCUCAGAGCAAUGGACUUGUGCUGUGGCCGCUACAGGUUUCGCGCUGCCAGUGUCUCCAGUGCAGGUGAACCUAAAGAGAGCAAAAGCAAACAUGCCCAGACCGAGGAUUUACUGACAGGAAACACACACACAACCAGUUGCGAUCAUCUUGAGAGAAUGAGAAAAGAUAACCCCACUGUUGACAUUUCAUCAGAGGCUGGCAGUGAAUUUGCUAUGUUUGAAGCUUUGCGUGAUACCAUCUAUUCUGAAGUAGCAACACUAAUAUCUCAAAAUGAAGCUCGUCCUCAUUUCCUUAUUGAACUCUUCCAUGAGCUGCAGUUGCUAAAUACAGACUACCUAAGACAAAAAGCUUUGUUUUCACUUCAGGACAUUGUGACCAGACGUAUCACUGAAAACAGUCAAAAGAGAGAAAAAUCUACCAAGGUUGGAGAAUUGGCUGGCUGGAUGGCAUCUAACUCAGAAUUUACCCCAAGUGAAAGUCUUGCAACAACAGAUGACGAAAUGUUUGCUAAAAACUUAGAAGACCCAGUAUGUCCUGAAGGUGAACAAAAUGAUGGGGAUAAUGUUAGCACCAUGUCCACUUCUUCAAAUUUUGAGCCGUUUGCAACAGAUGAUUUAGGUAAUACUGUUAUUCAUUUAGAUCAAGCAUUGGCUAGAAUGCGAGAAUAUGAACGCAUGAAAACUGAAGCUGAAAAUAGUUUAGGUGCUGAGUCCUGCAAUAAUCCUAACAAUGCUGCCACUAAUGUAGAAGAAAGUCAAAAUGAUAGUGAAAGUAGACAAGCACCGCUUUCUGGAGGUGAUGGUCCUGGUGUGCCCUGCCCUCGCAUUGACACUCAACAGCUUGAUCGGCAAAUAAAGGCAAUUAUGAAAGAAGUUAUCCCUUUCUUGAAGGAACACAUGGAAGAAGUAUGCUCUCCACACUUGCUGACAUCCAUCAGGAAGAUGGUUUUAACGCUAACACAGCAAAAUGAUGAAAGCAAGGAGUUUGUCAAAUUCUUCCAUAAACAGCUUGGAAGCAUACUGCAGGAUUCCCUGGCAAAGUUUAGUAGUAAAAAGUUAAAGGACUGUGGAGAAGAUCUUCUGGUUGAAAUUUCGGAAGUCCUUUUCAACGAGUUGGCGUUUUUUAGACUAAUGCAAGACCUUGACAAUAACAGCACUGGCAUUCAGGGGCGAUGUUUAAAAAAGUCAGAAGCUGCUGGAGCUUUGCAAUCUUUUACAAAAGAGGCGCAGAAAAUCUUCAAAGAUGGGGUUUAUUCAGCUACCAGAGAGGUUGAUGAUGAAGACAAAGACAAGGAUGAAACAGAGACUAUAAAAAACACACAAGAAAAUAAAAACAAUGCUCCUUGUGAAGACCAGAGUGGAAGAUCUGAUGCUUCUGAUGAAGAUGACGGGGACGAAAGCUUACCAGUAUCUAUAAGUUUAUCCAAAGCUGAAACACAAGCAUUAACAAACUAUGGUAGCGGUGAAGAUGAGAAUGAGGAGGAAGAAAACUAUGAAUUUGAAGCAGGACUUGCUGAUGUACAAACUUCACUUGAAGCAAACAGUGAAACAGCUGAUGAAACUGAACAGAUCCAGAGAGAUGACCUUGAAACAGCAGUGACAAGUGAGACAUCUGAAGCAUGUCCUUCUACUGAAAAAGUUGAAGAACUGACAUUGCCUGAAGAACAAGUAAAUACUGAGUCUGUACCUCCUACCUUCCCUCUGACUGAAAACAGUGACAAAGCCUCAUCAGCAACAGUGGCAGCUGAUGACAAAUCGCCAAUAGCCUCACCUCAUAGCUCUGAAUUUGGGAGUCCUGCCACAGAAUCCCCUGUACUAGUUAAUGAAUUUGAAACUGGUUCUGGAAACCUCAGUCAGAAGUCCGAUGAAGAUGACUUUGUUAAAGUUGAGGAUUUAUCACUUACUAUGUCCAAGGCAGAUUUAAUAAAGGAGAUUGCGAAAGAAGAGGGAAAAAAUAAUUUGUCUGAUGAAAUACUGAAUUUACAUGGCGAAGAGAAUAGUGCAGUAGAACUGGCUGGGGAUCCACUGCUACUGAAAGAACCUGAUAUGUUUGGAGCACACUCGGCGUGAAAAUAAAAUUGGACAAAAUAAUAAUUUUACAGAGCUUAAGCACUACACCCUGCAAAUAAAAAUGUAAAUUAGUUAUGGACGCUGUCUGUCACGGUAUAAAUAGUUGCCUAUUGCAGUUCUUUUAAAAAAAAAAAAAAAAAUGUGUUAUCCAUGAGUCCAAGCACUGUUUGUUUCUCUGUUUUGUCCUGAACUUCCUUAUAUUUUUUUGGCAUUUCAAAAUUGUUAAAACUACUUUCUAAAUAAAGUUUUGAUUUGUCUUUA